AUGGUGCGCUACCAGAUCUUGUCACGAGACGACAUUGCAGCCAUCUCAGCUCUCCACCAGGCUGGACACUCCACACGGGCUAUCUCUGACCAGGCGGGCGUCAGUGUCCGCCAGGUUCAAAGAUACGUGAAGCGUACGGGUGAACUCGGCGGCAACAAAAUACCCGCCAAGAAGAAACCACCAGGAAACACCCGCAAAACUUCCCUGCGCACCCUGAGAGUGGUGCACCGUGAAGUCCAACGCAAUCCACGAGUAUCGGCCAGGAAAAUCAGGGAAGACAACUUGGGAUUGCUGAGUAAUGUGUCUGUGAGGACAUUAUCGCGCCGCAUCCACGACGACCUCCAGUACCUGAGCUACGCAGCGCGGCCCAAGCCUGUGGUUACUGUAGCCCAGGAAAAGAAGAGGCUAGCGUUUUGUGACAGGAUGAAAGACUGGACCAUCGAGCAGUGGCGUGGCGUGCUGUGGAGCGACGAAUCAAGAUUCACAGUGCAGACGUGA